ACGUAUAUGGAUACGGUGCGAUAGCGUACAUGUGACGGGCGAAUUCGUUUGUUACGAGUGGUAAAAAUUCUCUCGUCGAUCAUUGUUUCAAUUUCGCGCAAAGCCUGGGAUCAUCUCGUAGAAACGAAUCCGAUUCUUAAACCCCAUUCAUCACGAUCGCUCGUUAUCGGUGUAAAAAUUUCCGCUGAUUUUUGCUGCGGCGAGGAGAAGAGGUCGCGUCGUCUGGUCCGCGACGCGACGCAGGUCUACGCGCGAUUAUCAAAAAACCCGUUCCAUUCGCACCGUCGAGACUCGAAGCUGGAGACGAAUCAUCGACGAUACCGAAUAGGAAAGAUAAACAGGAUAUACGUACGGAGGGAACCUGCAGAAAUCGAGCACGGUGCCGAUAACACUCCUUAAAUUGAGAAGAAGAAAACAUCAUGCUCGCUUCAGGUUUUUUUGAAAAAAAUCAACGAAUGCUGAGAUGGCAGGCGAAAAUGCGAAUUCCCCGCCAGGAGUAUGGCUAGGACUCUUAUUGUUGCUCUCGGUACUCGUGGCCUCUACAUUGGCCAAAAGUACCGUCAGUGAAACGGAAAAACUCUUGUCAGAUCAAGAGAACCCCCGAGAACACGGAGAUCGCUUUAUCCCCAAUGACAGCGCGUACUUUGAGGGAGGGCCGUUUUCGCCGGAGUGGGAGAAAUCGGCGGAUGCAUCUUCGAUCCUAGAAAAUGUAAAGAAGCCUAUACGAGACGAUGCCAAAGAUUCAAACACCGAAACAAAAUCAGACACCUCCGGUGCAGCGGAGUCGUCGGUUAUUGCCGCCGAUAAAACUCAGGCCGGCGUUUUGCUGCAACAAAACGAGAAUACCACCGGUGACUUAACGACCACCGUAAGGAUAGCACCCGAUCACCCAAUUGGAACCGAACCGUUACCCACUAUAGCACUGACAACAAACAGUAGUGACGAUGAAGGAAUGUUAGAAAAAUCUCAAGAAACGAACAAGAAAACUGAAAAUAUUCAAUUACCGUCCGACGAAGCUGUUGGUAUUGCGAACAGGGAAACUCUGAUUGCGAGCGAGAAUUUAGGCGUUAAUUCGGAAGAACAGACUACGGUCGCUCAUCAGGAGUUCCAGUUCACCGAAGAACACGAAAACUUCGAAGAACAUACUCAUUCACCGUUUGCCGAAGCUCUCACGACACCUUCUUCGAAAUCAAAAUCAGACAGCCGCAAUGUCGACGCGAUAUCGUUGGUCAACGACACGAACGUCAAUUUUUCUGGAGAUCGGAAGAAUUGGUCCGACAUCCCGAUCGACAGCGGUGGCGGGAACGGAUUAGGAUCCGAACCGAAGCGAGAGGUGGAGAUCUUCAAAAAUGUAACUCAUCCUUCAAUCUUGAGGAUCAGUGAAGAGAGCAGCGAUACUAUGGCAGACAGCACCACGCCGUACUCCCUGGUAUCUAAAGCAAAAGCUCGAACUAUAUCGCUCUCAGGUGACAACGAUUUAGACGCGAAGCGGCCCAAAAAUUUAAAUGUCACCGGUGCCGUAGAUCAAACAACGUCUGAUACGGUGUUGAAAAUAUUCCCAAAAAAAUCCGUAUCUACGGAAAAACCGACCGAACUCAAACCGUACCCUUAUCUUAAAUCAGAAAACAAACUUGCGGAUCAAGAAACCGUCACGGAGAUACCAAGUGGAACUGAGGAGUCUGCGGAAGAAAUAGCCGCGUACGAGAAUACGAUCGGUAGAAAGAAGUCGGACGAAAAAAUAAUCGUGACGGAACCUUCGGUACUUGUCGAAAAUAGUAUUCAACAGUUUAAGCCCGUCCAUUACAAGAGAUCAGGGAAUUCGUCUAGAAUGAAUUCGACAUUUGACGCGAGUGCGUUUCCAACCACUUGGUCUUUGACAACAAAGGACGAGUUGAAAAACACAACAGAAGUCGUAGAAGACUUCCCGAUUGGAAUACCAAACAACGAAAACGGCAGCCAGGUAAACAACGACCUUCCUCCAGACAAUACGAACAAAUCUAUCACCACUGAAAGAUCUCCAUCUGUACUGACCGAGGUUACAGAAAACAACAUCGAAACUGUGGUCAGAAAAAUCAAUACCACCAACAACCUGACGGCUUCGACUCCGAUAUCGAAAAUGCUGACGGAAAAUUCCGAAAUUCCCGAUGAAGGAACUUCGACUACCGAUCAAAUUUGGGUUUCCAAUUCCACGGAGAAAAUUGUAACAGUUUCAAACGACUCAUCGACUGGUAACGAAAUCCAAAAGGGAUACGGGGAUUCCAAUGUACCCAACGCUACCGAAGGAUCGACGGAAAGUUUUUCAACGUCGACCGAAACUUAUUCCAGUGAAUUAUCGAAAGGUAGUGAAAAAUCGAACUUGGAAAUAGAGAGCAGUACGCUUCUGCCGAUAACAAUCUCCACAAUUGCAGAACCCGCUCAAGAGUCAUCAAGUGAAACACCCUCAUCUCAAUUAACCGUAUUCGAAACCGGCGAAGAAAAUGACGCCAAUAUUACUGGGCUAGAGACGAUCUCCCAGAGUCACGAGAGUACAAGAAGCAUCGCAGAGUCAUCGACCAGCCGAACGACUACCGUAGAAUACGAAUUCAUCGGACUCACGGAAGCUGAAGCGAACACUACCGACUCUCAGAGCAACCUGUCGAGCACUGAAAAGUCAAACACCUUCAGCGAUAUUCCCACCGAUAUUCCCAGCACUACGAAAUCGGAUGAAACGACCGACGUAGAAGCAACUAUGAAUCCCACAGAGCAAAACGAGACCACGUUCACAGUCUCGAAGACGACGGAAGCCAGGGAAUCUGAAGAGCCGAUCUCUUCGUCAACGCCCGAUUCGGAUACCACCGAAACAGCCGUCGGCAACGCGGACACAACGACAGACGAAUACUCGUCGAAUACAACGAAUGAGACUCCAGUUUCUGAAAAUGGGUUUACCGCGGGACCAACGGAAGUUUACAAUUUCACUACGAUCUCGUCAAGAGGUAACGGCGGAACGACGAGUGAUCCGAAAGAAAAAACUACAACGGAAUUGAUGACGGUGAUCACAGAAAGUGUCGAUGAAACACCGACACCGACAACAUUUAACAUUGAAGUAACAGUUUCAUCGGGAGCCAGUGAUACUCCGACCACCGUCACUCCGACUCCGACGUUGCAGAUCAGAAUCACUACGGAAUCAUCAGAAUUUCCUAUUUCCACCGAUGACGUCACACUUUUCGUUAGAAUAGUUUUUGAAGGUAGUUGGACCGAGGUAUGCCCUUUUCUGAAUGACCUCAAACUGACAUUGGCGAACUUUUUGACGGAGGCCGGAGAAAGGACUGUCCUUCCCAGAAAUAUUAUUUUGUCUCAAACGCAGUGCACAGCUCCACCAGUCACCACUAACGCUUUGACGCAAGUCCGUCUUUAUAUCGUUGAUGACAACGGCAAUUUCGAUUAUGCAAUGACGGAGACGUUGCCCAGCUUGUACAACCGAUCGCCGUUCAGCUUUCCACUGACGAUACACAGCGUAGAAAAAUUGACGCUGGAAACUGAGCCGAGCAACAACGCCAUAGCGGUCGUUGCAGUUUCAUCUGUUGCUUUUAUCUGCCUUGUCUUGCUGGCUGGAUUACUGUUUAUAAUGAGAAAACGACAGACACGGUUCAAUUACGGAGAGAGAUGUCGACCGGUAUCCUUGGACGCUUACAGCCUCGAUAGUGUUUCGGCCUAUAACAGUGUAAGAAGGAAAGGACUCGCUAGGGCUUCGAAACGCAGCUAUGGAAAUCCGGCGUUCGAAGACUCGAGCGUUACUCCGUCUCAUCCGUUGAACUUUGCCGGCCUAUCGACGUUCUGCAAUGACUCGAACGCUAUCACAGAGGAAUUUGCAGGAAUACCGCAGGUCUCUGCGAGAAUCGACGAAUUGCCUGCCGGUGCUGAAGUGAAAAAUAGAUACGCUAACGUAGUCCCACUCCCAGAAACUAGAGUGUUACUUCAAAAGAUUGACAACGAACCAUCCACUGAGUACAUAAACGCUAGCUACGUUCGGGGACCCAAAAACGCUACGAAAUAUUACAUAGCUUGUCAGGCACCAAUCGAAUCAACGGUAUCUGACUUCUGGAGGAUGAUUUGGGAGCAACAAAGCAAAGUGAUAAUAAUGCUUACUGACAUAAUCGAGAACGGAGUCGAAAAAUGUGUAGACUACAUACCACCCUCCGAAGUGACGGAUUGCCACCGCCUGUACGGUGACUAUCAAGUUACUCUAAAGAAGCGCGAAGCCAAGGAGAAAUACGCGAUAUCCACCCUUCACUUGAAGAAUCUCGAGAACAACACAUAUCGCGAGGUAUCGCAUAUAUGGUACCUGUGGCCUACGAACGGCGUCCCAUCGGAUGCAACGGGUCUCAUAGCGAUCCUUCUCGAGGCGAGAGCUUUGCAACGAGGCGCACCGGGCCCCGUGGUGGUACACUGUAGUCCCGGUACUGGUAGAACUGGUACCCUCAUUGCAUUGGACCUUGGAAUCAGGCAAUACGAGAUAACGAGAACAGUGGACGUCCCCCGGGUUGUUUAUACCAUCCGAAGGGAUAGAGCCGGCGCUGUGCAGACGAAGGAACAAUACGCUUUUAUUUACAAGGCCCUCAACUUGUACGCGGCCAAGCUCGCAGGCGCCGCAUUAGAAUCGAUGUGAAGAAGAAUUCAUCUCUCCGAGAUGGCUCCGAAUUAUGAUGAAACGUUGCUGUGACCUUCAACCAUCGAUAAUGACUCCUACCGAGUCAAUAUUAGCAUGUUCAAACUAAAGAACUCGUAAAUCUAGUUGAUUUAUAAGCGUAUACGAAGAAAACCAAAAAGUAUAAACGUGCGAAGUGAAAAUAAAUUAUAGAGUAAUUUAUAUCGGUACAUAACUUUUACACUUGUAUCAGAUUCCAAUUGAAACCAUAACAGGGUGAUGUCAAAGAAAGAAAUAUAAUUAUGACGAUUACCAGAUAGAUAAAAAAUGUCAAUUCCGUAGCAAUUAUUUAAAAACUGAGGACCAUAAUCCAGAAACAACCAUUUCUUUUGUCAAAUGGCUUUUACGUAAUGUUUACAUAGUUUAUAGCAUGACCAAAUAGUUGUUGAUAUUGUUGUAUAUAUUAUAAAACUGAUCGUAGCAUGCAGCUCUCUAUAUGUGUAUAUAUAUAUAUAAAAACCAGUACAUAUAUUUAUAUCGAUAUUAUUAUUAUUAUUAUUAUUAUUUUUGUUAAUCAUUUCAGUUGAUUUUGUAUGGUCGGACCAACUUCUUUUUAAUCCUCUUGCGUCCAGACUUAUGAAACUAGCCACUCGUUACCGCAUGUUUUUUUAUGAAUAAUUUACUUCAACUGAUCAACUCAGAACCAAGUCGCGAUUAUAGAAUCGAUUGUGGCUGCUCCUUCUGAGAACUUUUGUGGGAACAUUCUAAUUUCGUAGAUGAUCACGAAUGUUUCUUUAAAUUUUCAAAAUAAAACGCAUUUUUACGGAGCCUAACGUUACAGCCUUAGACUCGCGAAUAUUAUCGCAGCUAUGAUCGCAGGUUUCGAAAAGUAUUAUGGCAGAAUGUUGCUGAAGAGAAGAUGUUCAUUACCCAUUUCCAUAGGGUGCAUAUUAUUCACAAAAAUUUAUGUCAUCCACUCGUGCGAAUGACGCAGUUUUUUCGCGUGAGAAUAAUUUACGCAAGAAUAACAUUACUGCGCAUUAUGGUGUAUUUCGCGUUACACGUGUUAUUCUGUUUACCAGUAUUUCUAAGUGACUAUAUCGAACAUUUUUCGAUACUCAUGAGUUUAGUCGAGUUCAGAGUUGCAAUUGCUGUAAUGGAAUGAUUGUAAAUAUUUAACGUGAUGUGAUCGGGGGAAAAAUGUAAAAUUAUACGUACGAUAUCAAUCUGCGUAGAUCGAUAUAACAUUUUUUGUGCAUAAAGAUUGCAUGCGACGUUCCUAUACAUAAAACAGAAAUUAUUAUACGUACAUUAUUGUUUAUGUACUGACAAUGAGAAAUAUCACAUACGCUAUACUAUAUUGUAUCGGAUGAUAAUAAAUUCAUUUUAUGAAGUAGACAUGAUCUAGAAAAUAAUAUAAUUAUAGUUAGGCAUAAUAAUUAUUGUAAUCAAUAUAACAUAUCAAUUCGA